ACCCCUCUUUCAUUUCGGGCCGGGGGGAGAAGGUCGUCAGAAAGAAGCACAACCUUCUCCCGAUCUCGCCAGGGUUUCUGCGAUGGCAACUCCACGAUCCCCCAGCUCCCGCGGCGACGCCCUCCUUGACUCGGCGCCGCUACUCGGUGGCGGGACGCGGCGUCGCGGCGUGCUGCGCCGUCCAUCCCUCCGUGGGACCGCGCGGCUGCUGCGGCAGGGCGGUCGGCGGGCGAUGCGAGAGCCAUCCCUGCUUGUGCGGGAGACCGCCGCGGAGCAGCUGGAGGAGCGGCAGGCCGACUGGGCCUACUCCCGCCCGGUGGUGGCGCUCGACCUCCUCUGGAACCUCGCCUUCAUCCUCGUCUCAGCCGUCGUGCUCGUGUUCAGCAGCGACGAGAACCCGUCUGUGCCGCUCCGUAUUUGGAUCGCCGGGUAUGCCGUUCAGUGCGUCCUGCACAUCGUCUGCGUCGCCAUCGAGUAUCGUUUUCGCCACCGCCAGCGUGGCGGGCCCUCUAUGGCGGCCGACGAGGAGAGAGGUACUGAUGGAUCGUCCUCGUCCACCGACGAAGAUGCCGGCGUGAGCAUUCCCCAUGGUCGCAUUGGCAACUAUGUGCGUAUUGCAAAACACCUGGAGUCUGGUAAUACAAUGUUUUCCUUUAUAUGGUGGAUAAUUGGAUUUUACUGGGUAUCUGCUGGUGGAGAAGUUCUUACCCGCGAUGCACCUCAACUCUACUGGCUUUGCAUCGUCUUUCUGGCAUUUGAUGUUUUCUUUGUCGUCUUCUGUGUUGCUUUGGCUUGCAUCAUUGGUAUUGCUGUUUGUUGCUGCCUCCCUUGUAUCAUAGCAAUUUUAUAUGCAGUAUCAGAUCAGGAAGGAGCAUCUGAAGAUGACAUUCGUCAAAUUCCGAGAUACAAAUUUCGGACGAUGGACGAGACUGAAAAGAAUUCUGUCAGCUUGACUGGUUCUUCUGGGGGCAUAAUGAUAGAAUGUGGCACCAACCAACCUAUUGAGAAAGUACUUGCAGCUGAAGAUGCGGAGUGCUGCAUUUGCCUUUCAGCGUAUGAUGAUGGUGUAGACCUGCGUGAACUACCUUGUGGUCACCAUUUCCACUGUGCCUGCAUCGAUAAGUGGCUUCAUAUCAACGCGACCUGUCCUCUGUGUAAACUAAAUGUCCGAAAAAACAGCAGCAGCAGUGGUAGUGAAGAAGUAUAAAUCUGUAUUCAUCAAUAUUCAGUUCUCUUUGCUACCAUGGUAAGUUAUUUCGCGACAUUGGUACGUUUUUGUAUCUAUAUAUGUCUAUAGUUGUAAAUAUAUAUUGAAGUACUCAAAUUGUGAUGUGUAUGUGUUAAAACUGUUCGUCUUGUAGAUGCCCGAUAGUGGAACUAUGCAAAGACUCAAGUUUGCCCACUUGCUUUGUGACCGUGUAGUUGUGUUUUAGAAUUGUUCGGUUGACUUAUCGGAUCUGUUCAUUUUUUGUGUGAGGAAAAUAACUAUAUUCAUUAACCA